AAAAUAUCUUAAAAAAAAUAAAAAACAAAUAAAAUAAAAAAAUUAAAAAUAAAAUGACAUCAGUAAGUAUAUUAGGAGAAAGAGAUUAAGGAUAAGAUGUAAGAACAAAUAAUGUUACAGCCGUUCUUGCCGUAGCAAAUAUCGUCAAAUCCUCAUUAGGACCUUAGGGUCUUGACAAAAUGUUAGUAGACGACGUAGGUGAUGUGACUAUAACAAAUGAUGGUGCUACAAUCCUUCGUUAACUCGAGGUAUAACAUCCUGCUGCUAAAGUAAUAGUCGAACUAUCUUAAUUAUAAGAUAAAGAAGUAGGAGAUGGAACCACAUCAGUUGUAAUUUUAGCUGCCGAAUUAUUAAAAAGAGCUAAUGAAUUAAUUAAAAACAAAGUGCAUCCUACAAAUAUUAUUUCCGGUUAUAAAAUCGCUGCAAAGGAAGCUUGUGCAUACAUAAAAGAUCAUUUAGCCAUUUCUGUUUCCUCAUUAGGACCUGAAGCUCUUGUAAACGCUGCCAAAACUUCCAUGUCAUCUAAAUUAAUAGGCCCUGAUUCUGAACAUUUUGCCAAAAUAGUAGUUGAAGCUGUUGAAGCCGUAAAAAUGACUAACUUAUUAGGAGAAUCUAAAUAUCCUAUAAAAAACGUUAAAAUAAUAAAAGUCCAUGGUCAAAGCAGUUUACAAUCUGCCCUUACAAGAGGUUACAUAUUACAAACAUAAAGAUCCUGUUAACAAAUGAAAACUUAAGUCAAAAAAGCUCGUAUAGCUUUAUUAGACUUUAACUUGAACAAAUUCAGGUUACAAAUGGGUAUCUAAGUAUUAGUAAACGACCCUAAAAACCUUGAAAAGAUCAGAUUCAAAGAAUGUGAAAUAUUAAAAGAAAGAUGUGAAAAAAUCAUUAAAGCUGGUGCUAAUGUUAUCCUCACUACAGGUGGAAUGGACGAUGUUGCUACUAAAUAUUUAGUCGAAGCCGGAGUUUUGGGUCUUAGAAGAGUAGAUAAAUAAGAUUUAAGAAGAAUCGCCAAAGCCUCUGGUGGAUAAGUAGUGACUACUUUAGCCACCCCUGAAGGUGAUGAAGUAUUCGAAGAAGCUUUUUUGGGCGAAUGUGAGGAAGUUUACGAAGAGGCCGUAGGAGAUAACGACUGUGUAUUCUUCAAAGGAAUGAAAAAAAGUAACUGCGCUUCUAUAGUUAUUAGAGGGGCUAAUGAAUUCAUGAUUGAUGAAGUCGACAGAUCAAUCCACGACUCCCUCUGUGUAGUCAAAAGAACUCUCGAAAGCGGAUAUGUAGUAGCUGGUGGUGGCGCUGUAGAAGUCGCUUUGAGUGUAAAAUUAGAAGAUUUUGCAAGAACUUUAGGAACUAAAGAAUAAAAUGCAGUAGCAGAAUUCUGUGAAGCCCUAAAUAUCAUCCCUAAAGUUUUAGCCAAUAAUGCUGCUUAAGAUGCAACUGAAUUGCUUUCUAAAUUAAGAGCUUUACAUUGCGCAUCAUAGACUUCAGACGAUCCAGCUAAGAAAGAAUUGAAAAACUGCGGAUUAGAUUUAAUACUUGGAAAAGUUAGAAAUAAUGUCAAAGCAGGAGUUUUAGAACCUAUGGUCUCCAAAAUUAAAGCUAUUAGAUUUGCCACUGAAGCUGCUAUUACAAUCCUUAGAAUUGAUGAUAUGAUUAAACUUUCACCUUAAUAAGAAGAUUUACCUUAAGGAAGACAUUGAUUAUGUUUUUAUUAGUUUUUUUAUUUAAUAUUUAUUUAUUUUUAAAAUAAAAAUAAUAAUUAAUUUGAAUUCAUAAUAUUUUAUUUAUUUUGAAAAAUAUUUAUUUAACAAUAAAU